AUGACCGCGCGCGUGAUUCCAACCAUUCUAGAUCCCCUCAAUGCCUCCGUCCUGAACAAGCUCCCGGAAGUGGCCCAACCGCUGUCCAAGAAACGCAAGAUCGGACAUGAAGCUACUGCUGGACAGAUAGCUAGCUCAUCUAUAGUGAUCAGAGCACACGCCGCGUCACUCUCCGAUGAACCACUCGUCCUAGAUCGCAUUACCUUAAUUCCUCGUUCCAAAUUAUCACUAUCGUGGCUUGAAGAUGCGUCGUGGUCACACUCUGACGCGCAGCCAGGCGGUUUGUUUGUUGCCGAUAUCCCCGCCCUCGAAAACGAACUAUGCGCCUGUGCGGAGCCUUCCGUACUCGCCGUGCGGCUAUUCGCCGAUGGUGGACUCUAUGUGGUUGAGAGAGUGAAGCGAGGUAUCUACUCGCUCACUAAGCUUGCGCGUUGGGUGCAUGAGGGCGAUCUUGUUGUCGCUGUGAAAGGAUGGCAAGGAUCUUCUCGAGCGGUGGAUAUGGAUGUCGAAGCUGAAGAGAAGGUUUUCCCUGUUCCGGACGCUCUUAAUUGGUGGCAGACUGCGCAAAUAGCAGAGCCACUCUCGGACCUUGGGCUGGGAGAUGAUUUCGCCGCACUCCAAGUCGAUGUUGUGUUUGAAGAGAAUGAGCCGGAGGCUGAGAUUGCCGUGCCCUCUUUUGUUGACGUACUAGAGUUUCGGGGAAACUCCCUUGCUCCUGUCCCCAAAGUUGAAAAUGUUGACAGGGAGGCUUCUGUUGCACCUUCGACGUCCCCCGGUAUGGGUCUUACGGAUGCUAUGGAUGUCGACGACACAGACAACCAUAUCAUUGGAUUGAAGCAGUCAUCUGAGGAGAUGCUGGAUGAGAUGAGAGAUCAUUACUUGCAAGCUCUUUAUACCUCAAAGACAUCUCUGGCCUACUUUGCCAAAGGUCCCAUGGCUCGCUGCCGUACCGCUUUCCAAUCAUGUAGCUCUGAAGUCCCGCCUGAAGUCCCGCAAAAGCUAAGUGGACUUAUCGAGUUCUACCGCGAGGCUAUCUUGGCAGCUAAGAAGAUGGACCUCAAAUACCGAGAAGCCUUGCCAGCAGCCGUUAGUGAUGCAAUGCUUAUGGUAUCUGAUGAAGAAGGUGGUACCAAAAAACGAAAGAGUAAAAAGAAGAAGAUGGGUAAAAAUGGAUUGUAUCCCACAGAAGAUACCUUCAUCCACAAGUGGUGGAAGAGCCGGAGUGUGGCAGAAAGUUCUGCACAGGAAAAUUCACGAGAAGCGGAAAACAGGAAACACAUCUCCGAUCUGAGAUUGCGUGAAACUCAGCUGCAGAUUCUCUUGAUUUUGGAAGUGACAGCUUUGGAAUCGACGCCUGCCGAUGAGAAAAUUACGCAACCUCAAAAAGAGACUGACGGGACAGAGCCAGCCAAGAAACCCAAGCCCAAGAAGCUUCAGGAUUUAGACGUGCUUCUUGAACUGCACCUCGACCGGUUGUGCAUCUGGCAUGCUGUUGGUCUUGAGGAAAGUUCAACGGCCGACACCGCAAAGGCAUCGGCUUUCAACGAGGGCCAUAUGUCUGGAAAGAAAGUUGAGAGCGAUGCCGUCCGUGAUUUUUGCACCGAGGUCAUCGUUCCGUUCUAUGCAGCACGUUUGCCUAAGAAAUGCAAGUUGAUUACCCGGAAGUUUGGUGUUUCUGGUGGUAUCUCACCAGCUUCCAAGAAAUCGUCAAAUAAGAGACAGCGUCCGGAGCCAGGGGCCGAAGUAAAACGACAGGCGCCUCCUCAGAACACCCGACGCUCAUUGCACCGUGUUUUGACAGACGAAAAAGCAGCGGCAUCCUUUCAAAAUCGACAUCCAUCCCUGCGCCGGUCCAAUACAGUUCCCAGCAAACAAGACCAUAAUCGGGAUUCCAUGGAUCCUUUGCUUCCCACAGUCCUAUCGGGGACCGUCCGAAGUGGAAACCACGUCAAGCGCAUGGAAAGCCGGGAGGUUGAUCUCAACGCAGCUGCUCGUCAGCAUGAGAGUAAAAUGCGAAAAAAUCAAAUGUUGGCUGAUCAAAAGAGAGAACUUGAUGCUGCCAUUCAUGCCCUGCGCAAACCAAACAGGGAGAUGGUCGCCAAGGACAUUGCCGAGGAUGCCACCAAGCGUGUUUCAAGCGGAGGAGGUAGUUCAAGGAAGCCAAAGAAUCCUGUUCGCAACCCAUACGGCCAGGGUGUCCAGGUCAUGGCAACGCCCCGUGGCAAUCGCAAGAAGGAUGCGGUCGUUGGAAUGCCUCCUCUACCUCGAACUCUCAAACCUUCCAAAUCAUUUGCCGGCGAAAUGGAAAUUCAUUCCCUAGCCGAAUCACCGCAAAUGAUCCCAUCUUCCAGUAGACGGGCGAUUUCAUUCUCAGGACCGGACUCAAACCCAUUCAAGUCUCGUCAACCGGUAGAUACAAGCGACAGUGGGCGACGUCAAACCCAACCAGCAGAGCGUGGGGCUAUCCAAGAGACGCCCACCCGUCAGCCCAACAGGCUUUUGUUUGAUACCACUAAAACUACCAGCACGAAUCCUCGCCGGUUAUCCUCGUCUGCAAGCCAGGGGGCGGGCCUUUUCCAAGUGCCCAAGGUCCCAGAGUCCCGUACCAACCCCACCGAGCCGAUGGUGCCUUCAACCCCAGUCUCACGGCGCAAAAACAUCAUCCCAACUUUCACACCUGAAUCAUCAAUGCCCCCCAGCAAGGUUUUCGAAAGCCGCUCGUCGAUGAUUGUGGAGACACCACCAAAGCAACGUGGCCCAGGAACCAUGCCUGUGUCUCGGCCUAUACCCGCACCGCCCAAUUUUCCGACCAUGAACACGCUCAAUCCUCGUGUGCCAUCUUCUCCAGUUGUCCUUGGCACCCCCAUCAAAAGUGCAGCUGUUAUUCCUGUGACACCGGACAAGUCACAAACCAAAUCAGUCUAUGACCAGCUGGGCUGGGAUGAUGACGAUAUGGAUCUUUUGUAG